AUGUCGCAGGAUGCAGCGUCGGCGCCGUCCGAUCUAGGAGCCCAGGCUCAGCAACCCCACCAAGCGGGCAACGGCGGUACCAAUAGCAGUCAUGGCACGGACAACGAAGCCAAAAGAGCUUUGAAACUAGCAGACUCAACUUCGUUAUCACCAGACCUACCAUCGACCGGUUUGCAAGAGGAAGUGCCCGUAACUCCGGGUAUCACCACUGCCGCGUACCACGAUUUCGAAUUUGACGACAAGUCGGGAGGCGGGACGGGCUACUUCAGUCGACGUGGCCAGAACAUGAUGACAACGCCCGUCGGCAAGGGUCUCGAGGACGAUGGCCUGGGCCCGUCUGGCUCCAGCGCCCCCGAUCCCGAGGUCCUCAAGAGGAUAAACCAAUUCAAGCUCGGAGGCAGAAAGGAGUCGCUGACGAAUAUUCGGGCGAUGAACCCUGACCUCUCGCUCAGCGGCAACAUCAUCUCGGCCACCUUUAACAUCCCCUACUCUUUGGAGUAUAGGAAGGGCGCCGACUGGGUCCUGAACCCGCGCCGAGGCCAAUCGGCCCUUUUCGACUCCCUAGCCCAUCUCUCCUCCGACAACACUCCAUGGAGCCAUACGGUAGUUGCCUGGACUGGCGAAAUCGAACCGCCUAGCGAUCUGCCCUCGCCGCCUGCUACGCCCCCCUCGACGACGACAAACCUCCCGGCACUGAACUCUCUCUCGAGACCGAUACCCGUCAACGGCGAAGCACCAGCCCCGGCGCCUUCCCACGCUGAGGGCUUAUGGAUUCCUCGCGAGGAUCAGCUGCGUCUGGAGAGCCAGCUGUCGCACAGCGCAAAGAUCAAGACCUCGGCUGUUUGGUUGUCCGAUAGCAACGAGGCAACCGAGGAAGGCAUUACGCUCAAAGACCAGGCAAGAUGGAGGCGGUUUGCGGAGCACGAGCUCUAUAACCUCUUCCACUACAAGCAGCACGAGCCCAAUGAUGGCCGCAAGGAGCGGGUGCAAUGGGCCGACUAUUACAGGAUGAACCAGAAGUUUGCAAACAAGAUCAUCGAGAACUACAAGCCGGGAGAUAUUGUUAUAAUUCACGACUUCUACCUGAUGCUGCUGCCUAGCAUGCUCCGGCAACGGGCCCCGCACAUCUAUAUUGCCUUCUUCCUCCACUCCCCGUUUCCCUCGAGCGAAUUCUUCCGUUGCCUGCCCAGGCGCAAGGAAGUCCUCGAGGGUGUCCUGGGAUCCAACAUGAUCGGCUUCCAGAGUUACAGCUAUUCACGUCACUUUAGCAGCUGCUGCACCCGGAUUCUGGGCUACAAGUCCGACGCCAGGGGCGUCAACGUUUAUGGGUCGCGCGUCGAGGUUGGAGUUUUCCCCAUUGGCAUCGAUGCCAAGAAGGUGGAGCAGCUGGCUUGGUCCGAUUCGGUUAACAAGCUGGUGCAACAGCUGCAUACGCAAACCACCCAGGGAAGGAAGCUCAUUGUUGGACGUGAUCGCCUGGACUCGGUCCGCGGUGUCGCGCAAAAGCUGCAGGCAUUCGAGCGGUUUCUCGAGAACUAUCCGGAAUGGCGUGACAAGGUUGUGCUCAUCCAGGUGACAAGCCCUACUAGCAUUGAGGAAGAGAAAGAAGAGUCCAAGGUCAGCACCUUAGUGAACGAGCUGGUGCUCAAGAUCAACGGAAUGUAUGGUGGCCUUGGGUUUGAGCCGGUCCGCCACUUUUCGCAGUACAUCGGGCAGGAUGAGUACUUUGCCCUGCUUCGAGGUGCCGACAUUGGACUGAUCACGAGUGUGCGAGACGGCAUGAACACGACAUCGAUGGAAUAUGUCGUCUGCCAGCGGGAAUCACACGGUCCAUUGAUCCUCUCCGAGUUUUCGGGCACAGCUGGAAGUCUGACGGAUGCGAUCCACAUCAACCCCUGGGAUUUUAGCGCCGUAGCCGACGAAAUCAACAGGGCAUUGACGAUGCCGCCGCACAAACGCCAGGAGAUGCAGACUAAGCUCUACGAGCAUGUCACGACCAAGACGGUACACGAAUGGAUUAGUGGAGUUGUUGCCAAGCUGAUACAGGUCUUGGGAUCCGGUCAGAACCCGGUCAAGACGCCGCUGCUGGACCGGGCUACCCUCCUCAGGUCAUACCGAGCGGCCGGCAAGAGGUUGUUCAUGUUUGACUAUGAUGGUACCCUCACGCCGAUUGUGCGAGAGCCAAGCGCUGCAGUGCCCACCGAGCGCCUCCUACAAACAAUCAAGGCCCUGGCGGCCGACGAGCGGAAUGCUGUUUGGGUCAUCAGCGGCAGGGACCAGGACUUCUUGUCCGCACACCUGGGCCAUAUUCAGAAUUUGGGCUUCAGCGCUGAGCAUGGCAGCUUUAUGAAGAAGCCAGGCAGCGAUGAGUGGGAGAACCUUGCCGACAAGUUCGACAUGGGUUGGCAAGAGGAGGUUAUCGCUGUCUUCCAGAAGUAUACCGACAAGGUUGAAGGCCCAUUCAUCGAACGCAAGCGAUGCGCUGUCACAUGGCACUACCGCCCAGUUGUUGACCAGGACCUCGCUCAGCGCUUGGCGCGGGAAUGCCACAAGGAACUGGAGGCUACGGUGGCGCGCAAGUGGGAGGUCGAGGUCAUGCCUGGCAAGAUGAACCUCGAGGUGCGCCCGACCUUUAUCAACAAGGGUGCGAUCGCCAAACGGCUGGUUCUCGACUACAAUGCCGAGCUUGUUGCUUCGGGCAAGAACAAGCUCGAGUUCGUUCUCUGCAUGGGUGACGACUUCACUGACGAAGACAUGUUCCGAUCACUCAACACUCUAUCUGUCACGGCUGAUGGCGCUACCGAGCCCGAGCUCAAGACGGAGCAUGUUUUCAGCACAACCGUCGGACCCAGCACAAAGGUUACGAUUGCGAGGUGGCAUCUGCUUGAGCCUGAAGACGUCGUGGAGUGCGUAGCAUUGCUAGCUAGCAGCGCAAGCUCUGAGCUCCUGGCAAAUCAAGGCGAUGGUGUGGUGGAGACUGUCAAGCCACUCAGGAUGAGCGAGAACAACCUGGCGGCCAUCAGUGAGGUCGAGGGCAGGGUUCCCGAUAUUGCGUAA